UGUUUCAAAAUUUUUCUUAAACUUUCGGAAGUACCCCGAGCCAAAAAUAGAAAAUCUUCUGGGUUAUCGAGUGUGCUGAAUACGAAAAAUCACUUUUCAGCAACUCUAAACCAACUUUAUUUUUUUUUGUACCGGUGAUAUGUAUUUUAUUCCACUUUCAUGUAUGUCACAGAGCUCAAAAUAAAUUUGUUUCUCGAUGCUUUUGACCUAGAGAGUCGUCGAGAUUGAAUAUUCAUCGUAUUUCCUUCAUAUUCUCUUAUUCUCUAAGAUAUGUAGAAAAAUGUUCAAUAUGUUUUUUGUAGAGAAUUAAAAUGACACAUCUUCUAAAAAAGAAAUUAAAAUUUUACCAUAUUUCUAGACUAAGAUAUAUGCAAAAUAAAGACUGUUGCAAUCAUUUUGGCGCACCUGGUAUAUGUAUGUCACUGAAAUUUGAAAGAAAUUUGCAAAUUUUUCUCUUCCUCGAUUGUACGAGUCAUCGAAACUCGUCUAGUGGAAGUUGCCACUGGUUCUUGAUCUGAUUCCAUUGAUGGCAUCGUGGAUUUAAGGAACCAAAAAUGUCAAAAAUUUUGGAAAUCCCUAUAUUUGGGGUAUUAAUCGAAAAAAUUAAUCAAAGAAAACGUUCUAUAGUUGGUCGUUAACAGUCAGAAAUGGUGCAAAAACGGCCAUUACAGGAUGCUAUUAACUGCCUAUUUUCAGACAGUUUUCGGUCUGUUAAAAACUGCCAUUUUAAGGCAUUAAAACGCUUCCAUUUAUACGGUGUAAAAAUGAUCAUUUAAUGUCUAUUUCAUUAGCUAUUAACGGUCAUUUAAUAGAGAAUUAAUUACACCGUUUUCGACGCCCAGAGUACAACUGAAAAACAGCAUGAUAAACGCACGAUACUAUUAGACUACAACGGAGUUUUAAGAUUAAAAGUAUCUAAAAAUGAUUAAUUUCUUUUUCAUGUAUAUGCUCGUGCUGAUAAAUAGAAAUAAUAAUAAAUCUUCAAUAAAAAUUUAUUUACAUUAGUUCAAGAAAAUAAAAUGUGACAAAAAAACAUUUUUUUUUCUUUUCUUCUCCCCUCUCUCCCUUUUCUUGAAUAGAGUUUCAAAUCGUACUAUAUUUAUCGGAAUAAAGACGAUAAGUUAUAAUUACAUCAAUCAUUUGACUAUACGAAAAAGAAUAAAAAAACUCUUUACAUGCAUUUUAUAGACUUUUUUAUUCUCAUAAUUUGAAUGUAUUCAUUUCUUAGGCAUAUUAAGUCGAGAUCAACAAGGGUGUAGUUAUUAGAAUUCAUCAAAUAAAACAAAUAUAAAAUUUUAGAUCUUAGUUCCAGAGUCUAGACACAUAUGUCUAAAGGAACAUAUUUUUAAAUAUAAAAUAACUAUCGAAAUAAAUUUUUAUGCUUGGACAUCUAUACAUAUUAACAAUAUUUAAGUUUAAUAGAAAAAUCAUAAAAAUUGACUACAGUAUUGUCAAUUAUUUUCAGUUCAAAAUAGUUCAUUUAAUCUAUAAAUAUUGUUUAUUCUCAUUUUCAGAUUGAUAUUAUUAUAAAUCAUCAAUUUUUAUGUAUGAAUGUACUUAAUAUCAUUUAGAUCUAUUCGACGAUGCUUGAAAAAUCGUUAUCAUUAUAAACGUGAUUUCUUUAUUAUCUUAUUCAUUAUUCUUUGUUGCAUACUAUCAUUCACUUUUAAUUUGAAACAAUUAUAUUUAUUUAUCCAAAAUUAUCAGCAAUCAUUAUCAUUGUUAUCAUUUUCAACAUUCAAUACACCUAUAGUCAAUCGUCUUCUCAUCCUAAUUCGUACAUCACAUCAUUGUGAAUCACGUCUAAAAUAUUUGUUAACAAGUUGGAUACCAUCAUUAAAAUACAAUCAACAAAAACAUAAUAUAUAUCUAUUAACCGAUCAAUAUAUUAAAAAUUCAUCAUAUGAUAAAUUUAAAAAUGUUAUUCUAACGGAUUGUCCUCAAAGUCAUAAAAUAUUCGAUCUUUGUUGUAAAACGGCAAAUGAAUUUGAGUUGUACUACAAUUUAACAAAAAAAGGAGCUAAAUUUGAUUGGAUGUGUCGAUUUGAUGAUGAUCACUAUGUUAAUUUAGAUAAUUUAUAUACCUAUUUAAAUAAAUUAAAUAGUUCAAAACCGUAUUAUAUUGGUCGUACAAGUAGACAUCCUGUUAAAAUUCCUGGUAAAAACGAAACGUUUCGUUUUGCUACAUAUGGUGCGGGUGUUUGUUAUUCUAAAGUACUACUAACUAAAUUACACAAUUACAUUAAUAAAUCUAUAACACCGAAUGAUUGUAUAAAAACAAGGUUUUCAGAUGAUGCCUAUGUGGGCUAUAUCGUUGAAUAUAAACUUAAUAUAUCAUUGACAACACUUAAUAAUCAAUUACAUUCACAUUUGGAAAGUUUAAAAAUUUCAUUUCAUCGUUUAACAUUAGAAAAUUUAUUAGAAGCAAUUACAUUUGGAUUUUCUUGGGAUCGUUAUCAAUUAAAAUGGAUGCCAAUUAUUCAUGAAAUUAUUCAAUUAUCAAUAAAAUAUCAAAAAGAUCAACAUUCAUUAAUGUUAUUAUGGAAUUUUUUGAGAGAUUAUGAAAAAUCACAUCCAGAAAAUAUAACAGGAAAAUUUGAUGAUUCCUGUACAUCUUAUCAUAGGGAAGAAAAACUUGCUGUUAUUAAAACGUCAAAUAAAGCAAUUCUAUUGACUACGAAACUCCAACUAAUGAACACGCCAACGGUACAGAAAAAGCAAACAAUAAUGUAA